UUCAACGAAGCUGAACCGCGUGUUUUAGAGAAAUACGUUAGUUGUAUUGGGUGUGGUUUUUAAGUUCAUAAAUUCGUAGGCCUUAAAAAUAUAAUAAACCUGUUCGUAAGAAGAGGGUGUUGACAACUCAGGGAUCAACACUCGGCUCUGUAUGAGAGAUACAUGCAUGCAAGUAAGUGAAAUUAUUGAAAGAGAAGAAGGCUUGUAGCAGAACACUAAGGCAUCAUGGUCCUUGACUUCUUGAAUUCAGUAAAACCUUAUAAUAACCAGAAAUAUGAUACAUUGAAAAAGGAGGCACAAGAUACUGGUGUACCCUUUUCUGAUCCAACGUUUCCAGCUGAUGACUCAUCCCUGUUUUUAAAAGGUAACUGUGGACAGCUUCCAGGACGAGUGGAAUGGAAAAGACCAAAGGAUUUGUGUGAAAAUCCAAGGCUGUUUGUAGAUGGAGCAAGUAGCUGUGAUGUUGUGCAAGGCAUGCUUGGAAAUUGCUGGUUUGUUGCUGCAUGUUCUGCUCUAGCUCAAGAAAAAGAGCUUUGGAAUAAGGUUAUUCCAGAUUACAAGGAUCAGGAAUGGAGUGAUGAGAAUCCAGAUAACUACUGUGGUAUUUUUCAUUUCCGCUUUUGGCAAUUUGGUGAAUGGGUUGACGUGGUAAUUGAUGAUCGGCUUCCAACAAUAAAUGGAGAACUUGUUUAUUUACGUUCUCGAGAGAAAAAUGAAUUUUGGGGCCCUUUACUUGAGAAAGCUUAUACCAAAUUGGCAGGCUCUUAUGAAGCUUUAGAAGGAGGAAACUUGUCUGAUGCAUUAGUAGACUUCACAGGUGGAAUCUCAGAGAACAUAGAACUUCAAAAAGGAGGCUAUUGUGAUGAUGAAGUGAAACGAAAAGAACUCUUCAAGAUUAUGUUAAAAGAGAUAGAUCAACAUUCAUUGAUGUGCUGUGCUGUAGCUGCAACAGAUCAGCAGCAGAUGGAACAACGUACUGAAGUUGGAUUGGUCAAAGGUCAUGCAUAUGGUAUUACUGCUGUGAAGAAAGUUUACAUUGGAAAUACUGGAUUGAUUUCAUUCUUCACAGGACGAGAAAAAAUAUACAUGGUUAGACUUCGUAAUCCAUGGGGAGGAAAGGAGUGGGAAGGCUCAUUUAGUGAUGGUUCACCAGAGUGGGCCAAGAUUUCAUCCAGUGAAAGAGAAAGAAUAGGGCUGACAUUUGAGGAUGAUGGAGAGUUUUGGAUGCCGUUUGAAGAUUUUUGCCGUCACUUCACAGAUAUGUCCAUUUGCCACAUGGUAAAUACUUCAUGGUUUAGUUUCAGUAAAAGUUGGCGAGAAGCAACAUUUCAAGGUCAGUGGACCACUGGACCUAAAGGAACAGUUACAGAUCGAGCAGGAGGCUGUUUAAACCAUAGAGAUACUUUUCUUCGCAAUCCUCAGUAUCGGUUUAACAUUGAUGGAGAAGAAGACACCAUUUUGAUUUACCUGAUGCAGAAAGAUGCCAGGAAUCUGAAGCGAGAAGGGGGAAAGAACUUGGUGAUUGGAUUCCAUAUCAUGAAGGUGCAAGUAAACAGGAAGUACAGACUUCAUACUAUCAUGGAAAGAGCUGCCACAUCUGACUACAUUCGUACAAGAGGAAUUUUUCUUAGAUGUACAUUAAAUCGAGGACGUUAUGUGAUUGUUCCAAGUACAUUUGAGCCUGAAAUUGUCGGGGACUUUAUGAUGCGAAUUUUCACCAGCAAAGAAUCAGAUGCUAGAGAAAUGACUGCUGAGACACCAUCUCAAAGUUUAUGGCCUUGCAUCAGCUAUCCAUCACUCGUUACAAAAAUCACUGUACGAGGAGCGUCAGGCCUGGAGAAACAAGACAGAUUUGGCACAGCAGAUCCAUACUGCAUUGUUAAGUGUGAAGGGGAAAGUGUGAGAAGCCAUGUUUGCAAAGAUACCCUAGAGCCAGUCUGGAACUUGAGUGCUAUAUUCUAUCGGAAGAAUGUGAAUUCUCCCCUAAAAGUCCAGGUGUGGAACAAUAAUAUAGUGAUGGACAGUUAUAUGGGCAAGGCAAUCUUCAUGGCACCACUAUCAACAGAAACUGUUAUUCAUGAAGCCGACCUCUUUGGAAGGAAAAAUGAAAAAGGUGUAAAAAAACCUGGAAAGGUAGUUGUGGAAUUAAUAACUUCUGAUGAUCUUUUGGCUUACUGAACCAUCUUUAUUUUGUCACAAAGUUUUAAGUCUUACCUGCCAAACUGUUUUUUUACCUAUAAAUAGUGUGACUUGUGGUAUUUUAUAUUCAUAAACCUAGGUAGUAACUAAAGGAUUAUGUCUAUUUAAAAAACAAAUUGCUGCCUUUAAAUUAGAAACUUUUUUGGUGUUUUUUUUUUCUUCAUUUGAUAAAAGGUUAUGGUGUUUUAAUAUACACAAGAGUUAAAAGUGUUUUUUUUUGUAUUGGAACUUGUGGUCUUUAGCACCAUCUAACAUUGUGCAGCAUUUCUGGACAUUGGAGCUCUUCUACCAUUAGCUUUACUUUCAGUGUCAUUUCCUCCUCAAAAGUAAUACAUCGACAUUUGUGCAAAUUUCAAAUAAUUUUUUUGUUGUGUAACAUUUUGGUUUUAUUUGUUUAAGUUUUGAACCAAACCUGAAGAUAUUUUCAGGUUAGCACAAAAUGUAUGUGUGCACAUCUGCCUUUACUUCAUUGAAUUAAUACAUACUUCUUUAAAGGGAUGGUAAAGCUUCCUCUGACUUGUUUGUAAAACAAAAAAUGAAUUUAAUUGACUUCUUCCAACCCCCUUAGAAUGCUUAUUCAACUUGUAAAAAGAAGAUAAAGUUAGGAAUAGAUCUGUAGCAUCAAGCAUGUAAUUUGGUGUUCUAAUGAAGGUUUUUUGAUGCAUCAUUUAUAACUUUAAAGUUGUUGCACAAUACCUGUACUAGUAUAAAUGAGCAGCAGUUAUAAGUUGAUUUGAGUGAGUCUGUUGAGAAACCCAGGUUUUCUGUGGUAUAUAAAUUUUAUAUACUAGGGGGGAAAAGUCAGUAUGUGGUUUUAUAGUUUAAUACUUGGAGAGUUAGUAAAGUUUUUGUUUGUCUUUAGAAAGCAGUGAAAAUAAAUCUACAACAUAUUGAUACUAAAGAAAAUUGAAUACAAGGGAAAAUUCUUUUUUUUUGUAUUGACAUUUACAUAUCUACAUUUGAUAGUGAACUUGUAGAUAUUAUAAACACCUUAUAUACUGCAAUUUUUCUCAUCCUGUUUGGUGUGUUUUAUAUUUUAGUCUUUUUAGUUUGAUAACUUGCCUUGGUUUGUGAUGUAUGGGGUACUAUAGUGAAUGCUUAAAGUAAAGAAAGCAUCUGUGUAACAUUUUAAAACUUUUGUGUGUGUUUUUACAUGAAAAAAUUGUCAAGUUAUUUGUUAUAACUUGUACUUUCACCAACUGUGCAUAAUGAUUUUAAAGCUGUUUAAGCGAGAGUUAUGCUGUCCAUUUUACUUGAAAAUAUUAAUAUUCAUUAUUAGUAGCACUUAAAAUGUCCAAUUCUUUCCUCUACCCAAUGCAGUAAAAAGUACUUAUGAUUUUUUCAACCUAGAAAAUAUGAAUAUCCGCUUAAAAUAUUAACCAAAAACCCACUAACCUAUCUCUUUGCUUUUUUUCCCCAAGGCUGAAAUGUAAAGAAAAGAUUUAUUCCUCAUAAAUUUUUCCAAACUUUUUGCUCACUUUUAUCCAACUAUUUUAAAAUUAGGCCUCUUUUAAAUGUUCCACUAAUUGACCAUGAUGUAAAAUUAAAAAAGUUUUUAAUUUUAAGUUUCAUUGUCUAAUGAGAUUUUGAACAUUUCUUAGUGCAAAACUUCUAGAUAAAGAUGUAUUUCAAUACAUUUUGUUUCUAAAAUAUCAAAAAUUUUAAGUACAUUGUUAUUUUAUUGCUAAUUUUAUACAAACUUGAUUUCUGAUUUAGAAAUCAUUAGAGGUGAGAGAUGCAAAGUUUCUUAAGUAUCUGUUUGUACCAUAAGACAUAUCUGGCAAGUUUAAUAGGAAGAUUAAAAUUUAUACACCCAUGUAGUGUCCAUUUUCAGGUAGCUGCAUGGAAUGUGUUUUAUAUAUUAUUCAUAUUUUCAACGUUUUUUCACAAAGUUUUCUGUGUAAGUUCCAUGAAAAUCCCUAUGAAAUGUUUUGGAUGAAUUAUGAGUUUUUGAUAUAUUAUAGUCUCUGUGUGGAACUAGUUUGUUAAUUUUUCAUUUUUAACAUAAUCACUCCUUUGGUCAGGUUUAAAUAUCAUUACAUUUUGUUUAAGUUGUAACACAAGAUAAAUGAUAUUCUUGAGUAAUGUACUGUACUUAGAAUAUUAAAUUAUUGAAGUAAAACUAAAUGUAAUUAAGCAUAAUGAAUUUGUAAUGUUGCUUUUUUGUUGUUGGGGAAAGAAUGGAUACUGGUGGCAUCUACUAGUUAGUACAUUUCAGAAACAUGAAGAGUAAAAUGAGUACCCAAUUUUUACAGGUACUGAUGUACAAUGGAAAUUAUGCUAUUCUUUUAUUUAUCCUAUUUUGAAGUGUCAUUUUGUGUUUUGAAAAUAUUUAAUGAUCUGCUUAUUAUAUUUUUGCACUUUAAUUUUUUCCAUCUUACUUUAGAGAUUAAUAAUUUGUUUUCAAAUGUUUGUCUGUUAUUGAAAUAUUGUGAUACAUAUAAUGCAAGUUUUUGGAUUACUUUAAAACUAAAUAGAUAUAUUUAAAAAUAAUUUAACAGUUAUUAUAUGUCUAUUUGACAAUAUUGUCUAGGUUAUUAUUUUAAGUGGAACUAUUAAUGAAAUUUAUGUAGUUAUAAGAUAUGUAAAGGUAGAGAAUGAACAUAAAUUAGUUUUAAUUAUUUAAUUUCUUGGAAUGAGUUUCAGUACUUAAAACAGUUUUCACAAUUUCAAGUAGCAUAUAAUUAAUACAGUACCAACAUCUGUAAGAAACGAUAAAGAGAUUAUUAUGUAAUAUUUCUAGAAGUUGCUGAGAAUUUUGUAAUCCACACAGUGUAUCUUUGUUGGCACGAAGUAGGCUACAGAGAUGGAGAAGUCUCUUUAGCAUCUUUGAAGUACAAUCAUAAUUAAUAUACUUGUUUUUUUAUAUUUAUAAACUCAGUAUUUAUUAAAAACAUAAAAAUGUGUUGAAAACCCAGAUUUUCUUCUUAUUGCAGAUAUUGAAAGAACAAUUUACAUAAAUAAAUAAAUGUGUUGAUUUUGAUAUACAUGUAGUUAAUAUUUGUUUUUUGAUAUUUCCUGUUUGUUUUUUCAGUGUUAUGAAAAUGAUCUGAUUGCAAUUUUACAAAUUGAGUGAUCUAUGUACAUGUUUAGCAGAUCUUUUAUUAUUUUUCAUAUGAAAUUAUCACUCCUGCUUCCAGUUAUGCCCACCAUUUUGAUAAGCCAAUGAAAUUAGAUGAUCAUGCGAGUUGAAAGACUAGAAAUGUUUUCAUAUGGCUUUUAUUGAUACUGAAUGUUGUAUAUAUGAGUAGUACCUCUACUAUAUAAUUAUUUUCUGUCUUAUUUCAACCUAACAACCUUAAUAGGUAGUGCUGGUUCUGAAAUCAUAACUCAUUUAUAUCUAAUUUAAUUUUUAUGGAAAUUUUUAAUUAGAUAACAAAUGGAUGGAUUAACAUUUAACAUGUUUUUAAAAUCCAGAUUAUUAUCUUAUUAAAUUUUGGUGAUUAUUUUAAGUUUUGUUUUCUGUUACAUAGUUAUGUCUUCAGAAGUGUAAUGUGUGAUCUUAGAAUGGUGUCUGUUAUCAAAGAAACAAUUGACUUGUUAGAUAGCUUUUGUGGCAGCAUUAAAGUUUCUGUGGAUCUUGUUUUCACGGAUUGAGAGUAUAUUCUUAUAUGCAUGUUUAAAAAAAAAUGAACCAUGCAUUAAACAUUUUUCUCUGAAAGCAGUUAAUUCUCUUCUUUCAUCAUAGACCAGAGCAGAUAAUCUCAGUUUUUAUGAAUCAAGUGUUUAAUAAGCAGAUCUUAUAUAUUGUUUUGUUUUAAGAACAAAUGUAGAUGAGAGUAUUUUAUAAUUUAAAAUGUAUUUAAUGUAGCAUUAUACCAUAUUAGUUGUUUGUUUUGUUUAAGAGGUGGUACAGUUUAACAGCUUUAUAAUUUUAGCUAGCUGAUCUUGUAGUAACAAUU